UUCCUUCAGAAUUUUAUAACUUGAAAGGGGAUUUGCCGGUGAUUGAUCCCAAGGGUUUGACCUGUACACAUGUACGGUUGAUAGAUUGGUUUUAUGUAGAUUAGAUAGGAGCAAUGUAAACAUUGCUAGUCAAGCACAGGAAGUUAUGGCGUCCGAAAGAACUCUUGUAGGAGCUGUGGACCAGGGUACGAGUAGCUCCAGGUUUCUGAUAUUUUGCAGCAAAACUGGAGAGCUUAUCACCUAUCACCAAACUGAAAUCAAACAACUGCUACCGAGAGAAGGGUGGGUGGAGGAAGACCCUAAAGAAAUUCUACAAUCUGUCCUCCUGUGCAUUGAGAAAGCAGUGGAAAACCUACAAGCACUCAACCUCCAUGUGUCUGAUAUAAAAUGCAUCGGCAUUACCAAUCAAAGAGAGACCACUGUUGUGUGGGACAAGAAAACUGGAGAACCACUCUACAAUGCAAUAGUUUGGCUGGACACAAGAACAUCCUCAACUGUUGAUAAACUCAUCGCAAAAACUCCGCAGAAGGACAAGGACUAUUUAAGGGCAUAUUGUGGUCUUCCAAUAACGACCUACUUCAGCGCUGUGAAGUUGCGAUGGCUGAUGGACAAUGUGGAGGCGGUACGAAAGGCUAUAGCAGAUGACAGGUGCUUAUUUGGAACAGUGGACUCCUGGCUGUUAUGGAAAAUGACAGGAGGUGUGAAUGGAGGGAUACAUGCUACUGAUGUCACUAAUGCAAGUCGCACUAUGUUAAUGAAUAUUCAUAGUCUGAAAUGGGACCCCAAACUUUAUGGUUUCUUUGAAAUCCCAGUGUCUUUAUUACCAGAGAUUCGAAGUUCUUCAGAGAUUUAUGGUCUGAUGAAAAUAGGGCCUCUACAAAGUCUGCCUAUUUCUGGGAUUCUAGGCGACCAGCAGUCGGCGAUGGUUGGACAGAUGUGCUUUAAGCCAGGCCAGGCCAAGAAUACAUAUGGAACUGGAUGUUUCCUGUUGAUGAAUACAGGCACUGAGCCUGUGGAGUCUAAGCAGGGACUACUGACGACUGUGGGAUAUCAGCUGGGUAAAGGCAAGCCAGUAGUGUACGCCUUGGAGGGUGCUGUGGCCAUUGCUGGAGCCUGCGUACGAUGGUUGAGAGACAAUCUAGGGGUCAUCAAGACAUCAGAGGAAGUGGAGGUUCUUGCUGCCAGAGUGGAUAGUACUCAUGGCUGUUACUUCGUGCCUGCCUUUGCUGGUCUGUUCUGUCCAUACUGGCAGAUGGAUGCCAGAGGCAUCAUUUGUGGACUGACCCAGUUUACAACGAAGGAGCACAUUGCGAGGGCUGCAUUAGAAGCUGUGUGUUUCCAAACAAGGGAGAUCCUUGAGGCCAUGGCUAAGGAUAGUGGAAUUCCUUUGCAUUCCCUCCAGGUUGAUGGAGGAAUGACAGCCAAUCAGCUGUUAAUGCAGCUACAAGCAGAUCUCCUGGGAAUUAAUGUAGUAAGACCCUCGAUGCCAGAGACAACAGCUUUAGGGACUGCUAUGGCUGCAGGGGCCGCAGAAGGGGUGGGGGUGUGGAGCCUUAACCCCAAGAACCUCAAUGUUCUCACCACAGACACAUUCACCCCAUGUAUCAGGGAGAAAGAACGUGAUGCAAGAUUCAGUCGCUGGAAACUUGCUGUACAGAGGUCAAUGCACUGGGAGGCUUCCAAUGAAAUAGUCGAUUAGAAAGCCAGCCAUCGCCAUGGAACACGUUCCCAGGAGGAGCCUUCGCCCUAACCAGCUUAGCCCUCGUUAUGCUUUCAGAAAUUAUACCUCAUAGAUGAUAGGUUGUUCAUAUUUAUAGACAUUUUAUUUAUCAUGAGAUAGAAUAAAUAAGCUCUAAGCUAUUUGUCAACAAGAUUUUUUUUAAAUGUAAAACUACAGUCUUAACAUGUUUUCACCAAUUUGAAAGUGAUUUUAAUUGGAAACCUGAAUAGAUUUAAGAGGGAAGUUAAUUGUGUAACCUUUGUGAGAUUUUUGUAUGUGAAAAAUUUCCAGGUGUCAAAGCUGACCAUGGUAAACACAAGCCUAUUUGUCAAUAGAGUACUCAGGGCUGUCAGAGCACUUUCUCAUACAGGGACACAUAUCCCCUUUAAUUGGGAAAUUUUUUGAUUUUUGAUCAAUUGGGGAAAUUGAGUUUACUGUGUUUUCCAUCCAAAUAAAGUUUAAAACAUAAGAACAACAAAUUGAUCAUUUUGAUUUUAAUUUUUAUAUUUAUUCAGUUCUUGAUUCUAUUUAUCAAUUUUUCCCCUGCCAGUUUAUAAUGUACCACAGGCUAUUAUAUCACUUGGUUUCGAAUUUACUAUUAAAGAGCACUCAUGCCUGUGACAUUGUACAAUAUAUUUUCAAUUUUUAAAUGCAUUUGUGAAAUUUUGCUCAUAAAAUUGGGGGGAAUGUUUCACUUUUUGUCAUUGGGAAUGGGUCCGAUAUUCGGUGUAACUUUGAGGGGAGUGAUUAUCCUGGUACUGAAAUGACGAAUAUCCCGUGUCAUAUUUACACAUGUAGAUACAGCCAUGUAGUUGAUCUUCAAUUUACUUCCUGUUAAGAGUUAAUUUCAGAUAUGUGUAUGUCAAGGGAAAACUACGAGAUAUUAUUUUAAAUAAAACAUUUUCUGUAAUGAUAAGAUCAGCUUAAGUACAUGCUAAGUUUAUUUUAUAGAGCUUUCAAUUGACAAUUCAAAUAACGUCCUUGUCAAUGGCUGCUGAAUUGUCAAAUGAAGCACAAUAUUAUGAAUUUAGACUUGUCUAUAAUUGUGACAUACUAUUAAUCGUAGUUUGACAAUUGAAUGAAUAUCGAUAAUGAUUGUGUAAACAUGUACAUGUGAUAACUGUAGAUAAUCAACACAUAUCUAUUCUUAAGAGCUGUAAAUAGGUGCUUGUUAUCUAUUCUUCAUGGGCUCAUAUUUAUAGAAUGACAAGAGCUGUAAACAGGUGCUUGUUGAAAUCGUGUAUGUAGCAAACCUCGUUCAAAACAUGUCUGUGGCAGACUGGAGUCAGAGUGGAUAGACUUGGCAAGAUUAUGAUGAUAAUCUAUGCCAAAUACACCAGUGGAUUUCCUGUAAAUGUACCAAGUAUUUCAAAGAGACUAAUAUGUGUCCUUAUGGUGCUACAUUUUUCUGAUUAGUCAGUAGUUUAAUAAUAUGUAAAUGUACAAUAUAGAUUAGCAUUAUUUGUUUUGAACAUAGUUAAGGACAUGUUUGGUGUUUCUUACAUUUUCUUUAGAAUUAUUUUUUCAUCUCCUUGAUAUGAAGAGUUCUUGUAUGAUUUUCAAAAUAGGUUUAAAACUUAUAGUAAUGUUACCCUACUUUGUAUACUGACCUGGGUAACUCGUUUUAAUGAAAGGGUCCUGGGUUUUGAUAAUGGAUUGAUCUAAAGAAUCUCCUUCUUUGCUCUUUAAAACAACUCACUGUAAUAUAUAAGAGUUAACUUUUAUGCAGAUUUUUUUGUUGAAACGAGAUAGAAUGCAAGCGAGUUGUAUGUGAAAUAUCACAAAAAUGAUAUAUCAUUGAGAAAUGUCACGUGUGUCCUUAAUCUUGAUAAUUUUGUUUGCCAAGGUUUUUUUGGGGUAAUAAAUUACAUGUAAGGAGAUAAAUAUUAAAGACUUUGUAUUUUCAUCAUAUUCAGUGAUGUUGAUUUUGCAGUCAGGGCUUUAAGACAAACUGUGGUGGGGUUGUACUAAAAUAUUGAUCAAUAUUUUGACAUGUCGAAGACCGCUUCAACAACUCGGAGCAAUGCUCAUUAGCUUUAACUAUCUUUUUAACAUGAGAUCUGACCAAAUGACAUGCAUAAUAGAGUAGAAUAGUGCUGGUAACAGUGGUUUGCCUUGAAUCCCAAUUGUGGUAAAUAUGAAGAAUUUUGAUAGAGUCAGUAUUCAUAUUAAGUGUAAUGUUAGACUUAAAGGGACUGAUUCAUGAUUUUCCCCAAAAUUGUGUUUUUCACUUUUAAUUAUCAAAAUCUACUGUCUAAUGUGUUGCAAAGGUUUUACAAAAAAUUAAGGUUACACAGUAUGAAAGAAGCUCAUUAUAGAGAGUUUGAUAUCUGUUAUGGUUUGCAAAGUUUUCAAAAUGUAUGGAUAUCGAUCUAAUUUCAUUGUAUAUAUCACAUUUCAAGUAUUCUGAAGGUAAAAUGUGCCACUCAAAUGUUAAAUUUGUGACUGUGCAAAAUUAAGAUGCUUUAAAAUACAAAAUUAACAUUUCACUGGUUUGUUUGUUAAACGUAUAAUUUCGGCGAUUUUGACUAGAAAUGUUUGUUGGUAAAAUACGGCUUACAAAACGCAGAGCCAAGGCUAAAACAUUACUCUUUAUCUUUGCAUUAUAAAGGUCCAAAUUUUGGUUGUCAACUUUAAAUGAGUUAUAUUUUUAAUGCUCAACAUAAAAAAUGAGAAAUAUUUAUUUAAAAAAAACGAGAACCAGUCCCUCUAAUAAUAAUGUAUAAAAGGUUUAGGAAUAAAUUGAAAGUAAGAUGAUAGUCUUCUCUGGUUUGAGUGAGAACAGUCUGGUGAUAGUGAAACAUACACCACAGACUGAGAACAGUCUGGGGAUAGUGAAACAUACACCACAGACUGAGAACAGUCUGGGGAUAGUGAAACAUACACCACAGACUGAGAACAGUCUGGGGAUAGUAAAACAUACACCACAGACUGCAGGAAAUGGCUUCUUUUUUUCUUUUUUAAAAAUCCACUUUAUUUAUUGAUAAUGGAUGAAAUAACUCUUUUCUCCCGAAGUAAUGCUAUACCGUAUAUACUCGCCUAUAAGUUGGUUGUAUAGUUUUUAGGUUAUUUAGGAGGGAAUUGACAUUGGCCCAUUUAUAAGUCGGUCCAACUUUUUCAAGAGUCGGUUGGCAAUUUUAAAUCAAUGCUUUAAUGUUUUUACCUGUGUUUCAAAUAAUAUUUUGAGAAAUGCGCUGAUAUUUGAUAUUUUUCUCCCCACAAAUCAAUUUCAUAUCAAAACUCUUAUGUAUAUAUCCAUGUUCCAAUAAUUAUGGGUUGGGAUAUGACAUCAAUAUUUCACUUUCUAUUUUCAACAAAUUAAACAGUUACUAUUUUGUUUAUUUCGUCCAUGUUUUUGUUGUUUAAAAAAUACUAGGCUAUACAUUACACCAUCCAGAAAAAAAACCUAAUCUUCUUAGGACACUUCUGUAAGUUGGACAUAGAGUUUUGGACAAAAAUUUAACUCCCAAAAUCCGACUUAUAGGCGAGUAUAUAUAUGGUAAAUUGUUACAUUUAUAAAAGGAUAAAGUUCAGGUCUUUUCUCUGUAACUAAUGCUAAUUACUACAUUUAAAUUCAUUGACAUAUCCCCCGACCUUCUAAUGACCUUGAUUGAAGACGAUAUCACAUCUGUAAGUAAUGCACAGAUCAUACUAGUAUGUAAAAUUUUAUUUGUUAAGGGACCAUUUUUUGUCAUUUACGCAAUAUUUUAGUGUCUUGAAUACCUGAACAUUGAAAGAUAUGUCUAUACAUGUUUUAUAAAAAUGUGGGACUCUUUUUUUCUUCUUUCAUUGUGCAAGUUUGUGCAUUUAUUGGGUACUACAUGUAUUACACUAUGUUUAAUAUGUUCUUAUUCUGUGGAAUCUGAAAACGGAGAAAUAUGACUAAGCAUUAAUUUGUCCGAUUAAUACAUGUACAUGCAUAAUAUAAGUUUACAUAAUUAGCUGCUUGCAUUUCUUAUGAAUUAAAGGUACUGUAUCA